AUGGGGUACACGUGGGUGUGCGCCUCCGCCGUGGCUGACGAGGAAAUUAGCAUCGGAGUGACGAUGGACGCCCGAGGGAGAGUCUACCCACCUCUACCGGCGACAUACUUUGGGAACUGCGUGGUGGGGCGGUCAACCGCCUUGGAGAGGGGGAAACUGUUGGGGGAAAACGGAGUAAUCGCCGCGGUGGAGACGAUAUCGGAGAUGAUUAAAAGCUUGAAAGAAGAGGGACCUUUGAAGGGCGCAGAAAACUGGGUUUUGUUGAUGACGCAAACUGUUGUAAAUAACGAUUACAAGCUGAUUUCCACGGCUGGAUCGCCGAGAUUUGAGGUGUAUAGCGUGGAUUUCGGUUGGGGGAAGCCUGAGAAGGUGGAAGUUGUGUCGAUUAACCGUACCGGAGCGGUUUGUAUCUCGGAAAGCCGAAACGGCGGCGGAGUGGAACAUGGGUGGACGGCGAGGAGGGAUGUUAUGGAGAAUUUCGCUAAGCUUUUUGCUGAAGGUCUUCAACAACUUUGA